AUGCCUGCCCUGAAGCUGCCGGUUGUCCUCCUGGUGUUGUCUGUUACACUCAAUCAACUGAGAGCCACGCCCGAUGGAAGAAUAGAGAACGCGCGGCUGGACAAGCGUGUCUGCAACACGGCCACCUGCGCCACGCACCGCCUGGCCAGCUUCCUGCUCCAUUCCAGCCACACCCUGGGGGCCCUGCCGCCCGCCACCAACGUGGGCUCCAACACCUACGGGAAGAGGGGUGGGCCCGGGGCCGGGGCCUGGGCCGAGCCGCCGCCGCACCAUCUGCCCCUGUAA